CACGUGGCUACCAGCCUCUGCUCUGGCCCGCAGUUCUGUCUCAGGUCCGGAGCCGUCCUCAAGGGCCUGUGGAAAGGGGACUGGACACAGAGGGCCGAGGAGGCUUGGGCUGAGGUUUGGGGCCUCACGUGCCCUGUGGUAGCGUCCCCUGGCAGACGACGCUUCCCUCCUGUGCAGUCUUUGGCCCUUGGGUGACUUUGAGGAGCACAGUGCAGAUUCUCUGGGACUGUUUUCUUCAGGCAAAGCGCAGAAGCAGGAGCUCAGGAGGCAACCGGCCCCUCUUUGGGGACAGAGGCCCACCCAGCACUCCAGCCAGCAGCAGCGGCAUCAUGGUGCGGAACGUGGAUGACCUGGACUUCCAGCUGCCCUCACAUGCCCAGGACAUGCUGGACGGCCUGCAGCAGCUGCGCUGUCAGCCCAAGCUGGCCGAUGUCACGCUGCUGGUGGGCGACCAGGAGCUGCCCUGCCACCGCGGCCUCCUGGCACUGAGCAGCCCCUACUUCCAUGCCAUGUUUGUGGGCAACUUUGCCGAGAGCUUCUCAGCACGUGUGGAGCUGCGGGACGUGGAGCCAGCCGUGGUGGGGCAGCUGGUGGAUUUUGUGUACACAGGCCGGCUGACCAUCACACAGGCCAAUGUGGAGGUGCUCACGCGCACCGCCUCACGCCUGCACUUCCCUGCCGUGCAGAAGGUCUGUGGCCGCUACCUCCAGCAGCAGCUGGAUGCCACCAACUGCCUGGGUAUCUGUGAAUUUGGGGAGCAGCAGGGCCUGCUCGGGGUGGCUGCCAAGGCCUGGGCCUUCCUGCGGGAGAACUUCGAGGCCGUGACACAGGAGGACGAGUUCCUGCAGCUGCCCCGGGAACGGCUGGCCGCCUGCCUGGCCAGCGACCUGCAGCAAGCACAGCCAGAACAGAGCCGGCUUGAGGCCCUGCUGCGCUGGGUGCGCCACGACCCCCAACCCCGGGCUGUCCACCUGCCUGGGCUGCUCAGCCUGGUAUGCUUAGGUGCUGUGCCCAGGCCCUGUGUGCAGGAGCUGCUGGCCACAGAGCCGCUGAUCCAGGCGUCGCGGGCAUGCCAGGAGGCCCUGUCCCAGGGCCACAGUGGGGUGCUGCCCAGCCCCCCGCAGAAGCUGAAGGAAGUGCUGGUAGUGGUGGGCGGCAGGGCUCUGGAGGAGGACGAGGAGGGCGAUGAGGAGCCCGCGCCCCACCCCGGGAACUUUGCCUUCUAUGACACCCAGGCCAGGCGAUGGAUGGCGCUCCCCGACUUCCCAGACCACCACAAGUGGGGCUUCUCCCUGACAGCACUCAACAAUGAUGUCUAUGUCACAGCAGGUGGCUCUAGGGGUACCAAGACAGACACCUGGUCAACCACCCAGGCCUGGUGCUUCCCUCUGAAGGAGGCAGCCUGGAAGACGGUGGCACCCAUGCUGAAGGCCCGCACGAAUCACGCCAGUGCGGCACUCAAUGGAGAGAUCUACGCCAUUGGUGGCACCACACUGGAUGUAGUAGAGGUGGAGAGCUACGACCCCUACACAGACAGCUGGACGCCUGUGCGGCCGGCGCUCAAGUAUGUCAGCAACUUCUCGGCAGCUGGCUGCCAGGGCCGGCUCUACCUGGUGGGCUCCAGUGCGUGCAAGUACAAUGCCCUCGCACUGCAGUGCUACAACCCCGUCACAGAUGCCUGGAGUGUCAUUGCCUCACCCUUCCUGCCCAAGUACCUGUCCUCGCCACGCUGUGCUGCGCUCCGCGGGGCUCUCUACCUCAUCGGUGAUAACACCAAGAAGGUCUACGCCUACGACGUGGGAGCCAACCUGUGGCAGAAGGUGCAGUCCCAGCACAGCCUACAUGAGAAUGGUGCCCUGGUGGCCCUGGGUGAUGCCCUGUACGUGACAGGAGGCCGCUGGCAGGGCAUGGAGGGUGACUACCAUGUGGAGAUGGAGGCCUAUGACACAGUGCGGGACGCCUGGACCCGCCACGGCGCCCUACCCCGGCUCUGGCUCUACCACGGGGCCUCUGCCAUCUUUCUCGAUGUCUCCAGGUGGACACAGCCCUUCAGCUCUGGCCUGGAGCCCUAGCCCACGAGCCCUCAAAAGCCCCAGCCCUGGUGGUCCCCAGGCAGGACCUUGUUGCCCCCCAGGGCCCAGCUAGGCAUCAGCCUUCAGGGCACACAGCACAGCCUGGGGACACAGCCUUAGCGGCUGGAUCCAUUGCAACAUGCUCCAAGCUGCCCAGUGUGUUGGGAUGUCCAGGGUCUCAGGGAAGAAACCUGGGCCCAGAACGGCAUGCACAGAACCCCUGGCUCCCACUCUGCAUCCCUACAAUGGGUUUGGGGGGCUGUGCAAUAGCAGGUGGGGGCAGAAGGGGCCCAGGACUCGGGCAGGACCCCUGCCAACUUGCUUCCCCACCUAUUGCGCUUGACCCCGGGUGGCCUCCUUCCGUCCUUCCUGCCCUGUGCCCACCACACAUGGUCACAGCAUCUCUGUGGGCCUUGGGGUGCCCACACUGCUCCCCGAUCUGCUCAUGCCCAGGCCAGGGCCCUGCUCGACCCCGUGUGUGACCUCCACUUGGAAGGCAGCCCAGGGGGGUACCAGGAAGGAUCGGGUGUGGGACGGGAGGCUGGAGUCCUUGGGCAGUUGUCCAACCCCCUUCUCAGGGUGACCUUCAUGGCCACAGGCCCUCUCUCAGAAUGGAUUCAUCCCAGGGGACGAGCUGCCCUGGGAUGGCAAAGAGUUCCUGGGAAGGGCUCAUGGCUGCGCUGUGUCCCCUUGAGAGAGGCAGCAGGUUCUGGGUGCCCCCAGGGCUGACUCAGUCCCCUCAGGCUCUGGGUUUGUAGCAAGGACACAAUGAAGGACUCACUGGCUUGAGGACACCUGGCUGCCACAGAUGUGGGCAGAAACAACAUAGGAGCUGCCACAGCCCCAGCUUGCAAGGUCUGGGUAGCACCUGUCCUUUCCAAUGGGAGUCCCCUCAGGUCUGGCCCACAGGCUCUUGCCUGCCAAGUACCCUGGUUCUAGAGGACCUGGACAGAGUGGGGUCCAGUGCCAGCCCUCAAGGGGAAAGGCAGGGCCUGAGUACCUGGCCAUGGGUUGGGCAGAAAGUGCCAGGGUUCCCUGUGGAAGCAGCCAGCCAGGAGACUGCUCCAAGAGAAGCCCCUGCAGCCAGGUGUAGUGGUGCGCACCUGCGCACCCUGUACUGCCGGCCAUUCAGGAGGCCACCGCAGGAGGCCCAGGGCCAGGUGGGGAGGUCUUGUUUCAAAAUAAAAGUAGAGAUUCUGGGCUGGGGACAUAGCUCUGUAGUCUAA